AGUCGACCGUUUAAACGUGGUGGAGAGUGGAGGAUAAAUAAGUAACCAGCAAUUCCAAGCGUAGCUGAAUGGAGAGAGUUGGAAAGCAAAAAAGAGAGGUGGUGCCUGUAAAUAGGAGCAUGGACACACCCAAGAAAAGUUAUGGCCGUCACAAGAACUCCUUCUGGAAGCCAGGAGAAGGUGUGAACCAACAUUUCGAUGUCCGACAUCGGUUACUGGAAACAUACCGUAAGAAGAUUCCGUGUCGUUGGGAGAACCAGCCUCGUGGCGGUCACAAACAACGAUGCUUCUCUCACCUCAAAAACUCCUCUGUACCGCCCAAAAAAUGUGACAUGGGAAAAGCACAGCUACACAGAAAAUGGGCGACUGCAUCAACUUGCUCUAAGAAGAACAAAAACCAGCAGGACUUGCGUUUUAAAAUCUUGCAGAUUCGCACGCAGAAGUGUUCUCAGCCCGAUGAAGCAGCCAACUGUGUCCACAAGAGUAAACCUCGGAAACCAGAGCUUAAGGCUGCUGCUUCCGGUUGGGCCAGAGUCGCAGUCACUAGUCUUCGAGCUCUGAUCCUAUCCAAGACAACCAACCGUAACCCCAAAUCUGGUGUUGCUGUAAGCGCGAAGAAUUUUAAGAAUGGAUAUGACGCGAAACAUGAGAGCAACACUUCAGAAGUCAUGUUUCAGAGAAGGGAGAGACGUUUUAAAUCAGAUUGUAGUUUUAAAGAAAACAGAAUUGUUUCUGGCGAUUCAGUUACACUGGUACUUACUGGAAAAGGUGAUUCAAACAAUGAUGACACUUUAACGGAGCAGUACGAGUAGGACAUACUCAUAAUUAAAACAUAUGCCGAAAUCUGGGAGGAAGAUAAUUCUCCAGUCGACAGUACUUCCAUUUGCAAUAUCCCAAAGGAGAGGCCGAGAGUGUCUGAUUGUUUGUCUCAGAAACUUGUUUAUAAAAAUAGAGAGGAUAAAGAUAAAUUUCGAAGUGCAAGAGAUGGCAACAAGUUCCAGGGCCAUGAGUCAAAGUCAGAUGAAUUGCGGGAAAAAAUAGAAACGACGCCUGGCAGUAAAUUUACUGUAAAAAAUACGACAUCUACAAACGAAUUACACAGAUGCUGUAGGUGGGACUGCUUUCAACAGAUUUAAGUGGAAGUAACGCCUAUAACGAACGUUUGGAUUUGUCGAUAACGAAAAACACAUCUUGUAUAUGCACAGAAAGUGCGAACGGAGGGCUAAAUGGCAAAGAAGAAGACAGGGACAAUGCCUUGAGCCCGCUUCCAAUGUCACAACCUCAACAGGGCGCCCUGGGGAUUUGCGUCCUACAAAUAUUUAUUAUCAGAUGACGAUGAGGACAACGAUGUUCCGGACCCGCGUACAGACGACAAUUUGUUCCACGUAAA